AAUAUACACCUACGUACGUACAUUAAAAAAAAUCUAAUUCGCAAUUAGACAACAAACAAUACCUGUUUAAUGCUUGCACAGCGCCUGGAACAAUUGUAUCAUCGAUAUGCAAUGUUCCACUAAGGUCUAUUGAUACCGUCGUAAUUUGUUUCGCCAUUACACCUAUUGCGUAUAAAAAUAAGAAAUUAAAAAUCGAAAAGUGAUAUUUUAGGUUGGUUUACUACUACGUACAUAUGCGCAAAGUUUGUUCUUUGACAGCUUUAUGUCACAUGCGCAGAAAUUCGUAAUGUCGUCUAUCGUCAGAAUUUAGAACAUAUGAUCGAAACGUUAGAAUUUAGAACGUUGAAUAAAUAAAUUGAAUUAUUUGAAGUUACACGUGACAAAAUAUACUAUGUCGCAACAAGAGAAAUUGUGCACGCCACUUCCUAGGACUCUAACUAGUCACAUUAAUAUCUGUGCAAACAGUGAACAAUAUGUUUUUAAUUUUUUGCAAAACUCGUUGCCACCAUCUGACUGUAAAUGCAUUUCAGACGAAAUGCGAAAGACUUUUAUAUUCAAUAAGUUCAAAGUAAAAUGCAGAGGAAGACAUACUCCCAAAGGCAAAUUCUUAUCAGCCAGGAAAAGAUUACAGUUUGAUCUAGGCAAGAUUGGUAACAAGAGUCAAAUAAAAUAUUCUGAUCUCUUGCCCUUAAAUCAAUUGUGGUUAAACUAUAUGCGAACACUGCUUGGUGUUGAAUCAUUUACCAGUAUACCUGAGAAUUCCAAUAAUCCAAAUUGGGAAAAUGUAAGCCAGCAAUUGAUAAAAGCUGAUCUUCAUGGUGCUAAAAUUUCAAUUGACAAAUCAAAAUGUCCAACUCUGGUAGGAGUUACAGGGAUUGUCAUACAAGAUACAAAAAACACUUUUAGGAUUUGUGGGCUGGACAAUGUUAUUCGCACAAUACCAAAAGAUGUGGUUAAAAUUAAUAUUUACUUAGGCAAUGGUGUAAUAUUAAAAGCCUUUGGACGACAACUUUCUAUAAGACCUGUAGAACGAGCAGUUAAAAAUAUAAAAAUACAAAAAUAGUUCAAUUGUAAUAUUUAUAACAUACUAAUAAAUACAAUGCUAUGCAUUGUCCUCCACAGA